AUGGCGUCACAGCUUGAUCGAAACACCACAAAACCUCGAUUCACAAAUCCAUGGGAAACCUCUCCCUCAAAAACGUCCGAAGAGUUCAGCCCUAGCUUUGAUGGUCGGAUUGCGCACACUUUGGCAGCUUGCACCAGGUGCCGACAGCGUAAGACUAAAUGCGACCCCGGAAUCCCAAAAUGCGGCCCAUGCGAUCGUACCAAUGCACAGUGCGCAUAUUAUGACUCUGCUCGGAGACGUACAAUAUCGAGGACGUACAUCGUCCAGCUACGUGAAACUGCCCGCAGGCUAGAGAAAGAGCUGGAAGAGGAGGAAAAGGAUUUCCAACAGGCGGCAGAUGCUGAAUUGAUCAUUCGUGGAGCUGGCCGCAUUCGGUUCAGAGAAUACGACGAAGCCCGAUAUCUCGGGCCGUCAAGUGGUAUCGCAAUAACUCGCUUGGUCAUGGAACUGGCCAAGCAGAACACCUAUUCGAAAAGUAUCAAGGAUGUUGUUCCCGAGUCUACCGCGCAGAAGAUAAAGGACGUCUUCGACGAUGAAAGCGCGAAGCCUACUUCCAAAAUAUUUCCCCCAAUUAGCUUAAUCCCCCAACCAAACCUGCCGACGAAGCAUCUAACAUAUAAGCUCAUCGACGUCUUCACUGUCAAAGCGCAAGGGAUGCUUCCGACGUUGCAUAUGCCGACUUUCCGCCAGGAAGUUGAAGAAGUGUUCAACGGUUCCAAUGAUCCAUGCCAAAACUUUCAGUUACGGAUGGUGAUUGCAAUAAGUAUGCAAAAAAUGAGCCCUGAAUAUGCAGGGCUAGCGGACAGUUACUAUCUCGCCGCGUUGCCAUUUCUCGAAGCAUCUCUGAAAAGGAUGGACCUCAAAUCCUUGCAGUGCCUAGUCUUGAUCGCUCAGUAUUCAUUACUGACUCCCACGAGAACCGCCGCGUAUUGGGUCGUUGGAACAGCUGUAAAGCUAUGCCAAGACCUGGGGCUCACAGAGGAAGCGACAAUAACCCGGUCGCGCACUGGGAAGCAGUUGGAUCCUUUAGAAGUGGACAUGCGGCGGAGGUUAUUUUGGAUUGUGACUUCGAUGGAGUUCGGUCUCUCACAUAGUUUGGGACGGCCAAGCUGUUAUUCUGUCAGUCAUGACCAUAUCCACGUCAAGUUUUUUGCACAAGUGGACGAUAAGUACAUUACCCGAGAAGGCAUACAUCCCGAUGCCAAACCAGUCCUGCCUAAGUGUAUUGCAAUACACUUCUUCAAGAUGCGCCUUUUGCAACUCGAGAUUCGACGGACCCUUUACUUGAACAAACGGGACAGCCCUGUCGAUGACCAUGAUCCUUGGUUCUCUCAAAUGCUCAGCAAACUUGAUCAGUGGGUAUCGUCAUGCCCUACCCAUGAUGGAGGUAGUGGCUUGAGCGGGAAAUGGUUCCAAGGCCGGCUGCAUACCAUGGUCAUUUUCAUGUACCGGCCAUCGCCUCAGAUUCCGGAGCCUUCUGUUUACGCUGCGCAACGAUGCUACGACGCAGCUGUUUCCAACAUCUUCAUGCACUUAGAACAAAUUGAGACUAAGUCGGUUGAUUUGACUUGGAUAUUCACUCAAUCGCUUUUUAUGGCAUUGAACACUCUUCUCUGGACACUCUCAUACCCGGAAGUCAGAAAGGAACAUCCUUUGAAAGAGGUUGAACACAACCUUGAAGUUGCAUUACAGGGUAUCAUGAAGGCUGCAGAAAGAUGGCCUGGGGUAAGAUCUGCGGGCAUGCUAUAUGAGACAUUAAUUGCCGCUUGCCUCAGGGCAUACAACACUGAGGAAUCAUUUGUGGUCCAUUCACCUUCAAAUCCGUCUAGCCAUGCGACACCGGCUUCCUCUCAAGAUGUGCAAACACCACCGUCUAUGGCAAGCCCUGCCAGCACCGCGGCCUCUAUUCACUCACAGAAUCUUUUAGCAGGGGGUUCUUCAGUGGCAGAUACCACAUCGGCUGGUACUUUCUCGAGGGGUCCCUCGGCUGACCGUUCCUUACCUUUGCCACAAAUUACCUCUUCGUUAUCUAUUUCUACCGAUCCUGUGAAAGCUCUCGAGCCCCCUCCUUGGGAUCCCACUGUCCCACCAGAGGCUGCACCCGACACGCAUAAUUCCUUGGGCUUUGAUCAGCCUGAUGAGUCAUUAUUACCCAGGUCGAACUUGAACUUUGAUCCAUCUACGCCGUUUAAUGCAUUUCCAUCGGUCCUAACGGGACUCCCGGGCUGGGACCCCAAUUUCUCCCUAUCUUCCAUGACCACAGCUGACACGUUCCCGUACUCCAACGCAACAGCUGACCCAAUGAACUGGGCUGAUACUUUUGGAGGCCAAUACUCCCAUUAUUUCAAUGGGGAUUACCCUGCAAAUCCAUGGAGGGGAAGGACAUUGAGUCAACAAGAACAGCUGGAAUUGAUGGAUUCGCUGGCAGACCACAUUCCAGAUGUCACAACGCAACUUGCGAUGCAGACAGCGACAGCGCAUUACCAGUCAUAA